AUGGAUGGCGAUGGCGGCCGCCGAGACGCCCCCGGGACGCUGAUGGAGACCGGGCGCGGCGCUGGUGCGGCCGCGGGCAUGGCGGAGCCGGCGGCAGGGCCGCGGGUGCGCGAGGCCCGGCCGGUACACCAGCGCUUUCUGCGGCGCAGCGUGGUGGAGUCGGACCAGGAGGAGCCACCAGGCCUGGAGGCGGCCGAGGCGCCGGGCGCUCAGCCCCCGCAACCGCUGCAGCGCCGUGUGCUGCUGCUGUGCAAGACGCGCCGCCUCAUAGCUGAGCGCGCCAGGGGUGCUGGCCGCCCCGCGCCCGCCGCGCCACUCUUCGCCCCCGGCAUCCCUGCGACCCCGGCCUCCGAGGCCGCGGAUGUACAGGGCCCCAGCCCGGCCACCGCAGCUGCUCCCUCUGCGCCGACCCCCGACGGCAGCCCUCGGAAGGAGGAGGAGGCUGAGACGAAGGAGGCGGAUACUGCAGAGGCGAAGCCGGAUCCCGGGCGCACCCGGAGAGAAGAGCCCGAGGAAGAGGAGGACGACGAGGAUGACCUCAAGGCCGUAGCAACCUCACUUGAUGGCCGCUUUCUCAAGUUCGAUAUCGAGCUGGGCCGUGGCUCCUUCAAAACCGUCUACAAGGGUCUGGACACAGAGACCUGGGUGGAGGUAGCCUGGUGCGAGCUGCAGGACCGGAAGCUUACCAAGCUGGAGCGGCAAAGGUUUAAGGAAGAGGCUGAGAUGCUGAAAGGCCUGCAGCACCCCAACAUCGUGCGAUUCUACGACUUCUGGGAGUCCAGUGCUAAAGGAAAGCGGUGCAUCGUGCUGGUGACAGAGCUGAUGACCUCAGGGACACUGAAAACGUACCUGAAACGAUUCAAGGUGAUGAAGCCCAAAGUUCUCCGCAGCUGGUGCCGGCAGAUCCUGAAAGGCCUACUAUUUUUGCACACGAGGACACCGCCCAUCAUCCACCGAGAUCUGAAAUGUGACAAUAUCUUUAUCACUGGACCAACUGGGUCUGUGAAGAUUGGUGACUUGGGCCUGGCCACACUCAAAAGAGCAUCAUUCGCCAAAAGCGUGAUAGGUACCCCUGAGUUCAUGGCCCCCGAAAUGUAUGAGGAGCACUAUGAUGAAUCUGUCGAUGUCUAUGCCUUCGGGAUGUGCAUGCUGGAGAUGGCCACCUCAGAGUACCCCUACUCGGAGUGCCAGAAUGCUGCCCAGAUCUACCGGAAGGUCACCUGUGGUAUCAAGCCAGCCAGCUUUGAGAAAGUACAUGAUCCUGAGAUCAAGGAGAUUAUUGGGGAGUGUAUCUGUAAAAACAAAGAGGAAAGGUAUGAGAUCAAGGACCUUCUGAGCCAUGCUUUUUUCGCGGAGGAUACGGGAGUCCGAGUGGAGCUGGCAGAGGAGGACCAUGGCCGGAAGUCCACCAUUGCCCUUCGGCUCUGGGUUGAAGACCCCAAGAAACUAAAAGGGAAACCCAAGGACAACGGGGCCAUCGAGUUCACCUUCGAUCUGGAGAAGGAGACACCUGAGGAUGUGGCGCAGGAAAUGAUUGAAUCUGGAUUCUUCCAUGAGAGUGAUAUGAAGAUUAUAGCCAAGUCAAUCCGGGACCGGGUGGCGCUGAUCCAGUGGCGGCGGGAGAGGAUCUGGCCUGUCCUGCAGCCCUCAGAGGUACAGACCACUGAGAGCCCCGACAAGGCCAGGGGCCCCAAUGUGCCACUGCAGGUCCAGGUGACGUACCACGCACCAGAUGGGCAUCCAGCACCCACCGAGUCUGAGGAGCCUGAGGCCGACCAGCACCUCUUCCCACUCAAGCUUCCUGCAAGCGCCACUUCCCUUGCAUCGGACAGCACGUUUGACAGCGGCCAGGGCUCUACUGUGUACUCAGACUCACAGAGUAGCCAGCAGAGUGUGGUGUACAGCUCUCUCCCAGAUGCCCUGCCCUGUGUCUACAGCCCCCCAGUGAGCGAGGGGCCUGGCCUGCCGAACAGCCUGCCUGCCCUGGGUGCCUACCAGCAGCCCACUGCGGCUCCUCAGCCACAGUCCCAGCCAGCACCCCUGCAGCCAGUCCUGGCUCCACAGCCUCUGGGCCAGCUCCAGCCAGUGCCUCCACAUCUACCCCAGCAUCUGCCUCCUUACCUGCCUCCAGCUGCACCACUGCAGCCCCUCCAGAUGACACAGGUGUCCUUGCCACCGCUCGCUCAAGUUCCAGCUCCUCAGAUGCCUCCGCUUCCUGUCAUUCCUCCUGUCACCCCCCUGGCAGGGACUGACAGCCUCCCUUCAGCCCUCCCUGAUUUAUCAGCUGCCAGCCUGCCCCCAGUGCCGCCACCACCGCCUCAGUAUUUCUCUCCGGCUGUGAUUUUGCCAAGUCUUCCCCUUAACCCCAGUGCCCCCCUGGCUCCUCUGGCAGUGCCCUGCCGGACCAUUGUGCCAAACGCACCUGGUACCACCACCCCCAUCCCCCUGCUUGCUGUGGCCCCACAGGGCGUGGCCACCUUGUCCAUCCACCCUGCUGUAGCCCAGCUACCCACCCAGCUGCCCCAACAGCCCAUGUACCCAGCUGCCUUCUCACAUAUGGUGUCGAGUGAAGUGCCGCCUUCUCCCCGACAUGCUCAAAACCUACGGGUGGGUGCUCAGCAGCUGCAACCAGCGCCAGCCCAGCCGCAGGUGCCCACGUUUCCUCAGGCCCCCCCGCCACGUGCCAGCCACCUUUCCGAGCAGGCUGCUCUGGCUGCUGGGGCAGGGACCCAGGUUCUCCUGGGUCCCCCAGCCCCGUAUGCAGUGGAUGCUACAGCCCUGGGCCCUUCUGUACCUGGACCACCCACAGCUGUCCUUUCCCCACCACUACUGGAGCUGCUGCCCCCAGCUGCUGGCCCUGAGCUUCUGCCUCAGCUCUCCAACUCCCAGGCCUCCACUGUGGCAGCAACCUCACAGAACCUGCCUUCCCAGACCACUACAAUCCUGCCUCCUGCAACCCCACCAUUGCCUGCUGGAGCCAUGGUCUCCGCUCCCUGCCCUGCUAUCCAGUUGACAGUGGAAUCAUCCCAAGAGGAGCAGGCAAUUCAAGAGAAGCAGCCGGGCCUCCUGCAGAGCUGUGAAAGUUAUGGGGGCUCUGACAUCACUUCUGGGAAGGAAAUGAAUGACAGCUAUGAAGGUGCUUUUGGAGGUGGGAAGUUGGAAGGCAAGUCCUCUAAGAAGCACCACCGGAAGUCUACCCGCACACGCUCCCGCCAGGAGAAAGCCAGUCGGCCCAAGCUGACCAUUCUGAACGUGUGCAACACAGGAGACAAGAUGGUGGAGUGCCAGCUGGAGACACACAACCACAAGAUGGUGACGUUCAAGUUUGACCUGGAUGGGGAUGCACCGGACGAGAUUGCCAUAUACAUGGUGGAGCAUGAUUUCAUCCUGCAGUCUGAGAAAGAGACCUUCAUUGAGCAGAUGAAAGACAUCAUGGAUAAGGCGGAAGACAUGCUCAGUGAGGACACAGAUGGGGAUCGUGGUUCGGAUCCUAGCUCGAGCCCUCCACACCAUAGUGCCUACAGCCUGGAUACAGGAGAAGAAAGUCGACACUCCCAAGCCAAUGCCCCAGUCUAUCAGCAGAAUGUGCUGCAUACUGGAAAGAGAUGGUUUAUCAUUUGUCCAGUAGCUGAAAAUCCAGCGACCGAGGCUCCCGAAUCUUCACCCCCACCCCUUGUCAGCUCCCUGCGGCCCGAUGCCAGCCAAGAUACAAUUCCCUGUGUAGACCAGCUGUCCUCAAAGGAGCCUCCUGGCCUCCUUGCUGGCCCACAGCUUCUGAACCAUGCUGGCCUCAGUGACCCCCCCAGCAGGGUACUAGCCCCUUUGGUACCAUCCUCCUUGCCCAUGACUGACCCUCCUCAAGGCACAGUGGUACCAGCAGCCACCACCCUGCCAGAGCCAGCAAUAGAGACUGCUACCCAGACAAGGAGUGCCGGAACCUCUCAGGAGCCAGGCAGAGAGUGUGAGCUACCCUCAACUCUCGUGGAGACUCUGGAUAACCAGUGUGCUGCACAGCCCCUUGGCCUUGGCCAACAUCUGGGAGAGUCAGCCUCAGCCUUGGAAGCCAGUGCUCAGGGGGAGCACCAGCCAACCCUGGUGUCUGAACCCAGCCCCCCUAGCCUGGCCACCUCCCAGCUCCCCAGUCCCCCAUUAGGGCCCGCUGCUCCCACCCAGCCCCUUGCAGUCCUGGAGUCUGAUGGAGAAGGGCCACCCCUCAGGGUGGGUUUUGUGGACAACACCAUAAAGAGCCUGGAUGAGAAACUACGUACCCUGCUCUACCAGGAGCACAUCCCCACGUCCUCUGCCUCAGCGGGAACCCCAGUGGAGCUGGGUGACAGAGACUUCACCAUGGAGACUCCAUCAUCAGCUCCAGCUGAUGUGCCCCCAGGGCCUGCCCUGCUUCCCCAGCCUAUGGAUACUACAGCUUUGGUAGUCCCCACACAUUUGGAAUCCACAGGCUGGGCUGACGGGUCCCCCAGGGAGACCAUAGCUGAGCCCAUGCAGCACUCCACGGGGACACUGGAUACAGAGGGUAAGGUUGGCCUCCCUCAGACACACAGCUCCCUGGACUCAGCCUCCCCAAGAAAUCAACCAGGGCAUCAGAACAGCAGCUCGCCAGCCAAAACUGUGGGCCGCUUUUCGGUGGUCAGCAUGCAGGAUGAGUGGACCCUGGCCUCACCCCACAGCCUACGCUACUCAGCCCCACCUGAUGUCUACCUGGACAUGCUGCCCACCAGUCCUGAGGUGAAGCUGGCAGUCCGGCGUGUGCAGACGGCCUCUUCCAUUGAGGUCGGUGCCGGUGAACCUGUAUCCAGUGACUCUGGAGAAGAGAGCCCACGGAGGAGGCCCCCGGUGCAGAAGCAGGCCUCCCUGCCCAGCAGCAGCAGUGUGGCCAGUGAUUUUGUCAAGAAGGCCACUGCCUUCUUGCAUCGGUCCUCAAGGACAGGAUCACUGGGUCCAGACAUGCCCAGCCGGUCCAGCAUCAAGGUCCCCACCAUCAGCAUUACCUCCUUCCACUCCCAGUCAUCCUACAUCAGCAGCGACAAUGACUCAGAGUUCGAGGAUCCUGACAUAAAGAAGGAGCUGCAGAGUCUGCGAGAGAAGCACCUGAAAGAGAUCUCAGAGCUACAGACCCAGCAGAAGCAGGAGAUUGAGGCCCUGUACCGCCGCUUGGGCAAGCCCCUGCCCCACAACGUGGGCUUUUUCCACACAGCACCCCCUACUGGCCGUCGGAGGAAAGCCAGCAAGGGCAAACUGAAGGCGGGGAAGCUGCUCAGCCCCCUGGUACAGCAGCUCAAGGUCGUGGCAUCCAGCACAGGUCAUUUAUCAGACUGCAGCAGAGGUCCUCCUGCUGAGGACCCCGCCCCAGGGGGAGCAGGGUCUGCUGCAGAAAGCCCAGCGGCGCCCCCGGCUCCAGACCCGUGUGGCAAGGCAGUCCACACCCAGCAGCCCUGCUCUGUGAGAGCUUCCUUGUCUUCCGACAUCUGCUCCGGCUUAGCCAGUGACGGAGGUGGAGCGCAUGGCCAAGGCUGGACGGUUUCCCACCAAACGUCUGAGAGAGUGGCCUAUAAAUCUAGUAGCAAACCUCGUGCCCGAUUCCUCAGUGGACCUGUGUCUUUGUCCAUCUGGUCAGCCCUGAAACGUCUCUGCCUAGGCAAAGAGCACAGCAGUAGAUCCUCCACAAGCAGCCUGGUCCCGGGCCCUGAGCCAGGCCCUCAGCCCACAGUGCAAGUCCAGGCACAGGUGAACAACAGCAACAACAAGAAAGGCACCUUCACAGAUGACCUGCACAAGCUGGUGGAUGAGUGGGCCAGCAAGACAGUGGGCACUGCACAGCUGAAGCCGUCACUUAACCAACUGAAGCAGACUCAGAAACUGCAGGACAUGGAGGCCAAGGUGGGCCCAGCCCCAGCAGCCAACGAGGUGCGGACUGUGAGCACACCAAAAGCAGGACUAGGGGGCCCCUGCCUGACCCUGAGGCCAGGCCCUCUGUCUACCACAGUCAUCCCUGGAGCUGCCCCGGCCCUGUCCAGGCCCAUGCCAGAUUCUGAGAGUGAGAAGCCAGACUGA